AUGGUAAUCUGGCGACCGUCGGCCAAUAGAAACAGGUUUGCCUACUCUCUCGUCCACGAUCUUGACCAAGGAGACGAAGAGGAAGAGGAACGAAUGGAAAACAAAAAUUUUGAGACAGUAAAGAUGAGAUCAGUAAGUCGAGGCGAUGCAGGCACACCCCCUCCCAUCUCCUCCACCCAGGCUGAAGAUGACUUGAGGUGGGGUGGAAGAAAACCCUUCCUACAACUGCCAUGGACAAAUGACGUAUUCAUCCUGAGCACGGUCCAUACUAAGGGAGAUGCCCACCUGCUGGUCUACCAGAUCAAGGAAUCCUCGAGUACGUCUGACUACAGCAGCCCGUACGAGGCAAAAUUGACAAAGACACUCAAGAAAUUCACAGCCAAACCAGUCACGCAGUGGCAGUGA